AAUUAUGAGGAAACGAACAAAUUGAUAAACUGACGGAAUUUCCGCUGGAGUUUUGAACAUUGCACUGCCUUGCCCCGUCUCGUACGUUAAUUAAGUUUAAGCAAAACGGAUAAUAGUUACACUGGUAAGUCGGUGUUGCUUAAUGCUUAUUAGAUAUUGCGUUCGAACGUUAGUUUUUGUGUAGAUAAGUCUGGUGUAUCAAACAUUAUCGUUUCGUUUGGUCGUAAUAUCACCGUCCACUUUUUUCAAUAUUAUAUUGUUUUAACGUGGACUUAGAUACUCAGUGUUCCUUCUUUUUUAAAUCUGAACCAGUUAUUUGUCUUUACUGUAACUGACUAGUCUGCAGACGUUUCUGUUGGUAAGUAUUCAAUUCAAAAAAUUAGAACCAUGAACAAGGACGACGACUUGUUUGAAUUCGACGCUCCCAAGACGUUCGUAAAUUUGUACGAGAUUGCAAAUGCCAAUGAUGACGGUGCUGACAGAUUUUUUGAUAUUGUUGAAAAAAUGGAAAGUGCUAAAUCUGAACCAAAUUUGGGAAUUGUAAAAAAAUCAACUGUGAAUGACCAUGAUGUUCUAGAAGAAAAUAAGGAAAAUUUUUCACCCGAUGAUCAGUUUGAUGAUCAAAAUAUUAAUUCAUUGGCUCAUCAAUUAAUUCGUUCUGCAAAGAAGUCAAGAACAUCAAAAUUACAUAAUAGACAUUCAAUUACUGUGGAGGGAAUUGAAGUAGAGUUGCCACGGAUCAAACAUCAUGCUAUGAUUACCAGACUAGAUGAAUUAGAAAACACACCUAAAUUAGAUUUGCGUACUCGUUCUGUAGUUAAAUCCGAGUACAAAUAUGAACACAUUAAAUCAGGUUCGCAAGAAACUCUUAUAUUAGAUAAAAGUUCUAAAAAAUUCAUGAGUAUUGCUGAAAAAGUCAGGAAUUUCUUCAACAACACACCGCCUAGGUUUCAUUCUAAACCCACUGUCUCAGCUGGUUCAAAGGUUUUUAAAUCUAGAAGUCUUUUUCCUGGUGCUUUUGAGCCAAGUAUUAGCUCAAAUAAUACUAAUAAUAUUAUUGAAAAUAAACCAACAAAAAGCAGUAAUGAAAGCAAACAGAUUUAUAAUAACCUUAAUAUAAAUAUUCCUACAAGCAGUAUCAAAGUGCCUAGCAAAACUCAAAAAAUAAAAGUUCUCAACUCUCAAGGUGGUGUUCAAGUGGUUGAAAAUAAAGAACUUGGCCAUGGUGGUAUUAAAGUUUUAGAAAAACAAUUACAUACUGUUCCAAAACCUUUUAGUUUUGAAUCUCGUAAAUUGUGUGCUACCAAACCUCAAAGUGUGAAAAGUACAGAGCAACCAUGGUCUUUUAAAGCUCGACCUGCUACAGUUCUAAAAAAAAAACCAUUUGUUCCUAAGCAUGAAAAAAAAUAUACUGAACCAAAAAAUAUACGUUUAAAUACUGAAAGACGUGCUCAAGAAUGGAUGGUUUUUGAACUUGAAAUAAAAGAGAAGUUUUCUCAAUAUGAAGAAAAUUCUAGAAUGAGACAAGAAGAAAUGAAGAAAAAAGAAAUGGAGUUGAUUAAAAAUAUGCGACAACAAACUAUUCAUAAACCAGAACCGAUCAAAAAAUAUAAGCCAGUCUUAAUAAGAAAAUCUGGUAGACCAAUUACUGUACCACACAGCCCAAGAUUUUCAAUCCGUCCAAAUAGGAAUUGUUUAAACUCUAUAUCUGAACAACUCUAGUAAGUUAACACAUAUUUUGGUGUAGCAUUUAUUUCUCAAUAUAAUAUUAGUCAUAAAAAUAAUAUUGAAGACUCUAAUCAUCUGAAUACCUACAUUCAUUUAUUUAGUAUACAUUUUUUUUUUCAUUAUAAAUAUGUUUUUAAAUUCUUAAAUCUUUUUAUUUUAUAGUGAAAAUACGUAUUGUAAAUAUCAAAUGUAUCAAAUAUAUUGACAUGGGAAUAGCAAAAUAAUAAGUUUGUGGGAAAACAUUUUGCUUUAAAUAAUAUUAAAAUGUUUAAGGAAUAAGGAAUAUUGUUACGUAAAAUUUGUCUUCUUUGUUAUACCAAAUUGUAUACCUAAAUUUUCUAUUUUUAUUUUAUUUUUAUUAUUUAGUUUGAUGAUGUAUGACAUAAUUAUCUCUUUUAAUAAAGUAGCACUUAUUUUGUA